AAGACUCUUCGCCAUCUCUUUCCAUUUCUCCCUCUCCUGCCCUCUUCGUCCACUUCACUUGUCCUCCCUCUCUGAAUCCUUUCAUCUCUGAAAACCCUAAAUCCUAGAUUGCGUUCAUCAUCAUCCUCGUGCUUCACCCGUUUCUGCAGCAUCAUCAACGGUGACAGCAAUAAGAGAGCCCGCAGAUCAAGUCUUCUCUUCUUCUUAGUCUCGCGUUCAUCCUCUUCUUAGCCGCGCGCCCCUGCUCCGCUGCAGCCUCGCGCUUCACCAUUUUCUCCUCCGGCUGCCUCCUGUUUCGCAGGCGAUAUCCUGUUUCUUCGUCGGCAUUCUGUUUCUCCAGCGACAUCUAACUCAAAGGCCGCGCAUCCUGCUCCGGCGGUGUUCCAUUUCUCUAGCGUCAACCUGCUUCUGCGACGACCUUCUCCUCCUUCGACCAGCUUCUUCGUUGUGGUUGUUCCAGCUGUUCCGGGGACCUGUCGCCGUUCUGGUGACCUGCUGCUUUGAUCAACGUUGAGCGUCUUUCAAGUGUCAAGUGCUGUACGUGGUUCAAAGUUUGAAUAUUCAGAGGUGUGGAUUAGCUUUUGUUGCUUUUCUGAAUCAUCCAAGCCUAAGAAGCAAGGAAAAGGUUGCCAAAACAGGAAAGAUGGCUUGAUCGGUGAAAAACCAAAAGCACAGGAAAAACUAUCACUGAAACAGAAUGGCGAAGCCAUCUGGUGAUGGGUCGAGUGGGGCAAAAGUGGGAGGGUCGUAUGCAAUCAAUGUGGAGAUGUUCAAGAAGCGGUUGAAAUCAUUCUACACAAGUUGGAAUGACCACAAGGAGGAUGUCUGGGGAAAUUCGAACGCACUAGCAGUGGCAACGCCACCAACUUCCGAUGACCUUCGAUACCUGAAGUCUUCAGCACUCAAUAUCUGGUUGCUUGGAUAUGAGUUCCCAGAGACGAUCAUCGUCUUCAUCCAGAGUCAGAUCCACUUCAUCUGCAGUCAGAAGAAGGCAUCCCUUUUGGAAACCCUAAGGAUACCAGCCAAGGAGGCUGCAGGUCUUGAAGUUGUGAUCCAUGUGAAGGCAAAAAAUGAGGAUGGUGGUAAUCAGAUGGAAGAGGCCUUUCAGGCUGUGAAGGCUAGCUCACCAGGAGGAGAUGACCCUCCAAUUGUAGGGUACAUAGCGAAGGAGGCCCCUGAAGGGAUGCUUUUGGAGUUGUGGUCCGAGAAGCUAAAAGGUUCUGGACUUGCGCUGGUUGAUAUUACAAAUGGUUUCUCUGAGCUGUUUGCAGUGAAGGAUGAGACAGAGUUGCUAAACGUGAAGAAGGCUGCAUUUCUGAGUGCCUCUGUUUUGAAGAAUUUCGUUGUACCCAAGCUUGAGGUGAUCAUCGAUGAGGAGAAGAAGGUUUCACAUUCGACACUAAUGGAUGAUACAGAGAAGGCCAUUCUAGAUCCUUCAAAGGCAAAGGUGAAGCUUAAGGCUGAAAAUGUGGAUAUCUGCUAUCCCCCCAUCUUUCAAAGUGGUGGGGUUUUUGAUCUCAGGCCAAGUGCUUCGAGCAAUGACGAUAAUCUGUGUUAUGACGCCACAAGCGUAAUCAUCUGUGCCAUUGGGGCCCUCUACAACAGUUACUGCUCUAACGUUGCCAGAACGUAUCUGAUUGAUGCAAACAGCAUGCAGAGUAAGGCCUACAUGGUUCUUCACAAGGCCCAGGAGGCAGCAAUUGCUGCUCUGAAACCAGGUAACAAAGUUAGUGAUGUUUAUGCUGCAGCAUUGAAGGUAGUCCAGAGCGAAGGGCCAGAAUUUGCUCCCAACAUGACCAAGUCGGCUGGGACAGGUAUUGGGAUCGAGUUUCGUGAAUCAGGUCUGAGCUUGAAUGCCAAGAAUGAUCGUGUUCUUAAGGCAGGCAUGGUUUUCAAUGUGUCGCUUGGAUUCCAAAACCUGCAAGCAUCAACCAGCAAUCCAAAAACAGAGAAGUUUGCUUUGUUGCUGGCUGACACUGUUGUUAUCAAUGAUAAGGGGCCAGAGGUGGUGACUGCUAGUAUUUCUAAGUCAUUCAAGGAUAUAGCAUACUCCUUUAAUGAUGAUGAGCCUGAGGAGCGUCCGAAGCCCAAGAUUGAAAGUAAUGGUGUUGAAGGAUUCUCCAAGGCGACAUUGAGAUCAGACAACCAGGAGAUGACAAAGGAAGAGCAACGGAGAUUGCAUCAAGCUGAGCUUGCACGCCAGAAGAAUGAAGAGACUGCUAGAAGGUUGGCAGGAGGUGGACCUUCCAAUGGCGAUGGCCGUAAUAAUGCUAAAGCGACCAGUGAUCUUGUCGCCUAUAAGAAUGUGAACGAUGUACCAUCAACGAGGGAGUUGAUGAUUCACAUUGAUCAGAAGAACGAAGCUGUCCUCCUACCGAUCUAUGGCAUGAUGGUACCCUUCCACAUUGCAACUGUUAAGAGUGUUACAAGCCAACAGGAUAACAGGACUUGUUACAUUCGUAUAGUGUUCAACAUCCCAGGGACGACACCAUUCCUCCCACAUGAUGCCACAUCCUUGAAAUUUCAAGGAUCCAUAUAUUUGAAGGAGGUUUCUUUCCGGUCUAAUGAUCCAAGGCAUAUCAGUGAAGUGGUGCAAUUGAUCAAGAGUCUGAGGAGGCAGGUUAUGUCUAGGGAAUCUGAAAGAGCUGAGAGGGCCACAUUAGUCACACAGGAGAAGUUGCAGCUCUCUAGCAAAUUCAAACCGAUCAGAUUAUCGGACUUAUGGAUCCGUCCUCCUCUUGGAGGCCGAGCCAGGAAGCUUACUGGCACCUUAGAAAGCCAUCCUAAUGGUUUUCGAUAUUCAACUGCUAGGCAGGAUGAGAAAGUCGAUAUAAUGUAUGGAAACGUCAAGCAUGCAUUCUUCCAGCCCGCUGAGAAGGAGAUGAUUACUCUGCUGCAUUUCCACCUCCACAACCACAUUAUGGUGGGCAAUAAGAAGACCAAGGACGUUCAGUUCUAUGUGGAGGUUAUGGAUGUGGUUCAGACUCUGGGAGGUGGGAAACGGUCUAUGCAUGAUCCAGAUGAAAUAGAGGAAGAACAGCGGGAGAGAGAAAGGAAGAACAGGAUAAACUCAGAGUUCCAUGUAUUUGUCAAUAAGGUUAAUGAACUUUGGGGGCAGCCUCAACUCCAAGGUCUCGAGCUAGAGUUUGAUCAGCCUUUGAGGGAGCUCGGUUUCCACGGUGUACCGCAUAAGGCAUCAGUUUUCAUGGUGCCUACUUCAACUUGCUUGGUUGAGCUGACUGAAUCGCCAUUCGUGGUAAUCACCUUGGGUGAGAUCGAGAUUGUCAAUUUGGAGAGAGUUGGAUUAGGACAGAAGAAUUUUGACAUGGCUAUUGUCUUCAAAGAUUUCAAGCGCGAUGUACUUCGCAUUGAUGCCAUUCCUUCUGCAUCCCUGGAUAAUAUCAAAGAAUGGCUUGAUACAACAGAUAUAAAGUACUACGAGAGUAGGCUCAACUUGAACUGGCGUCCCAUUCUUAAAACGAUAAUGGAUGACCCUGAGAAGUUUAUCGAGGAUGGUGGUUGGGAGUUUCUCAACAUGGAGGCGACAGAUUCUGAUUCUGAUAAUACCGAAGAGUCGGAUCAAGGAUAUGAGCCUUCUGACAUGGAGUCUGAAUCCCAAUCUGAGGAAGAAGACAGUGAUAGUGAGUCGUUGGUGGAGUCUGAGGAGGAUGAAGAAGAGGAGGAAGAUUCUGAGGAGGAGGAGGGCAAGACAUGGGAUGAAUUAGAGAGAGAAGCAAGUAAUGCAGAUAGGGAGAAAGGAGAUGAAUCGGACAGUGAGGAGGAAAGGAGGAGGAGAAAGAUGAAGGCUUUUGGAAAAGCACGAGUGCCAGAAAGGAGGGAUCCUAGGGGAAUGCCACCCAAGAGGCAGAAAAUGAGGUAGAGGCCCGAUGGGUGUCCGUCUAACUAGGUGUUCUUAUGUCUACUUAGUCAAGAUAUGAGGGAACUAAGAAGAGAGAAACAAAAGGUGUUCUUUGUUAAUCUCUGGAGAGGGAUGGAAUGUAACGUUGGUUGUCUGAACUAUUUCAUAUUUACCGUUUUUACCCUUUCA